GGCGUGUCUGUAGUGUCUGUCUCUGUCUGUAGUGUUUGUAUUGAAUGCAAACGUAUUGAUAGAGUGAGCGCUUGUGUCCUGUCGUUCACACAAUCAUCCCUUUAAUCGUUAUUACAUUUAAUCCACAUUUCAAUCACCGCUUCAAUCGAUACACUCAUUGAAACCAAUGGCCAGUGAUUUGGACGAACCCCUGUCUGACACCGAAAAGAUCCGUAUUGUCACCGAUUUUAUACUUCACGCCCCGCCGGGAGAGUUCAGGGAAGUGGUGAAUGACGUACGCCUACUCUUGAACAACGACCAACUGCUCAAAGAACAGGCCUCGGGUGUUUUCUCGCAAUACAGCAAAGACCAGUUGACACCCGUCUCACUCGACUCUUCCCAAACUCAGACAUUGAUUACUGAAUUCAAUGAUUUGGGAUCCAAUCGUUUUUGCGAUCCCCGAAGCGGACAAUCAUUCAAAUACGACCACUUGAAGGAAGAGGCCUCUGAGUACCAGUCGUGGACACCCGAC